AUGUGGUUUACGAUCAUUUGUCUGGCGAUAAUAUUCACGAUAAAGAUUCUGCACAGCUGGCGGCGACCAUCGAGAUUUCCUCCAGGACCGCGCGGCCUGCCGAUCAUUGGAAACAUAUUCGACCUGAAACGUCUAGUGGACGAGACGAAGUUCCAUUCUCACGCUUGGUGUCGUCUGGCCGAUAUGUACGGACCAAUCGUCGGUUUGAAGCUCGGUAUGGCCGAACCUCUGAUUAUCGUUUCCGACAGAAGUGCUAUAGUCGAGAUGUUGAAUCGAGCCGAGUUCGACGGCAGAUCUAAUGGAUUUUUGUACCGACACCGGACCGGAGGUGUCCGAAGGGGUGUGAUAUUCACCGAUGGCGAUGUUUGGCGUGAACAAAGAAGAUUCACUCUGAGGACGUUGAAACAAUUCGGAUUCGGGAAAAUCACGAUGGAAGACAUAAUAUUGAACGACGCGGUUGCCUUAGUGAACAAGGUGGAAUCGAUGGCUGCGUCGGGCCCCAUUACGAACUUGCACAAUAUUACGUCCAUAGCCGUACUGAAUAGUUUAUGGACAUUAGUCGCUGGCUCGAGAUUCGAGCUGGAGAAUCCGAAAUUAACGAAGAUCCUGUCGGUAUUGGACGACGUCGUGAGAAAUAGCAACGUCACCGGCGGCAUAUUGACUCAGUUCCCACUUUUAAGGUACAUCAUGCCAGAAACGACAGGAUUUACCAUCCUGAAUCAAAGGACGACACGGACAUGGCAAUUCUUCAAGAGCGAGGUAACUAGGCACAAGCAAACUAGAAUGCACGGCGAGUUCAGAGACUUUAUCGAUGUUUACCUGAUGGAAAUGAAAGCCGAGCAGUCAAAGCCGACUGUAUCGUAUUUCGAUGAGGAACAAUUAAUUAGCAUUGUGAAAGACCUCUUCGUCGCCGGCGUAGAGACGACCAACAACACAAUUGGCUUCAUAAUAACGUAUCUCGCAGUGAAACAGGACGUGCAAAAAAGAGUGCAUGAGGAAAUCGAGAGAGUGCUGGGCAAAGAGACUCUACCUCGCAUAGAGCACAAAAAUCGUCUGCCGUACUUGAACGCGACGAUAGCGGAGGUGUCGAGACUGGCGAAUGUCGGUCCUACUUCGAUCCCUCAUCGAGCGCUGGCGAACACGACUUUAUUGGGCUACGAGAUAAAGAAAAAUUACAUCCUGUUGGCAAAUUUUAAAAGCGUCCAUAUGGACAAGAAACAUUGGGGCGAUCCGGAGGAGUUCCGGCCUGAGAGAUUUAUCAACAACGAGGGCGAGUAUGUCGAGGAUCCUUGGUUAAUGACGUUCAGCUUGGGUCGUAGAAAGUGCUUAGGCGAAACUCUGGCGAGGAACAGCGUAUUUCUGUUCAUCGCGUGUCUGCUGCAGAAGUUUCGGUUCAUGUUACCCCCAGGACAUCUAGAUCCCAUUUUAGAUGGCAUCAACGGCUUCACAACCGCGCCACCCGAAAUAAACGUGAUCGCUAUUAAACAUACGUAAAUUUCUUGGCACGUUAACGUAUUUGAUGAAUAUAAAGAUGAAUAUAAAGAAUAUCAAUUUUAUAUAAGGGAAAUAAGGGUUGAUCGUGACGCACUUAAUAUAUAACGUAAAGAAUAUGUAUCAUUCAAUAUAAGAAUAUACAACUUUAUAUCAAAUACUGUUAUUUCAAUGUUGAACAACGAAAUAUUGCCAUAUCUAAUAAAUACGCGACCACCAGGAAUUACCUUGUAAGUACAAAUAAUAUCAAAACACAUAUAAUAAUUUAAACUAUGACAAGAACUCGGUUAGAGAAUUUGAAAUAGAGGAUUUUUCCACUUUUAACUGAAAGAGUAUCAUAGAAAAACCAGUCGAUGGUAAAGCUAAAAAUACGCGAUAAAUAUACGAUAGAAUAAAAAUAACAACAUUCAACAACCUCGAAACAGCAAGUUGCACACAACUCCGUAUACAUUCGCUGUGCCAGAAGUUAACGGACCACCAAAUAUACUCGCUUAAUAUAUCCGACUGAAUCUGAAAUUACUUACUACUUUUUAAAACAUCCCAUGCGUCGUGCAAUUGCAUCUGCGCAAGUUACGCUCAUAAAAGUUCCUGAAAGCAUAAUUUCCGUUGCUUUUUUAACUAAUUGCCAGAUACCAAAAAAUUCCCUGGCUGCUACAUCCAAGGAUUUCACACGAAUCCUUGAAUUAUAUAAAAGGAACAGAGCAGA